CUCCAACCUCAAUUGGCCAAGCCCGCGCCUCACUGCAAGUCUAAAAAGAGAGCCAUCUUACGGCGGGAGCUCUACGAAUCUGCGUCCACUAUGCUGCUCGCCUAUGACAUGAGGCAUGGCCAAGAGCCAACCGGAGCGAUAGGCGGCUCUGAUGCAGGGCUGCCUUUCUUUGGACCUCGUACUUGUGCAUGUACCUGACGUGCAGCCCUUUGACCUGAUAUCAGACCUCCUGGCCCCCGGCUUGAUCCCAACCAUAUUCCAGCUCACCUCCAACAGCUCAUAACGGCUGUGCCACCGGAUGUUCCCGCUGACUCUACACUCAGAGUUAACAUCACAUACGAUCUAGUACACAACUCGUCUUCUCUGUUAGAAGCGCCUCGUUGCAAGCGGACUUUCUUGAGGACAAUCGCGCAUCAUGGAUCCCCGACAGCAUGGACAGAACCAGCAGCUUCAGCCUCAAAUGACUUCCCAGCAGCACAACAGGUUCUCAUGGCAGCAACCUCUCGAGGAUGAUGCACCGGCCUGUACACAGCCGCAACAGCAAGCACCACAGCAUCAGCCUCAGCAGUAUCAACAACCUCAGCAAUACCGGCAGCCGGUACAGCCUCAGCAACCUCAGCAGCCUCAACAACCUCAGCGGCCUCAGCAACCCCAAGUCAGCACAGAUUCAUCACGGCACUUCUCGUAUGCGCAGACACCCGCAGAAAUGCGUGCUUUCGUAUACACAUCUUCGCCGAAUGAUCCGCCCAUGCCACAUUCCAUGCCCAUCUCACUACCAACAUCGCCAGUGGGAUACACGCCGAUCGACCCUCGCCCCCAAUCGAUGCUCGAUGCGCAGCUCCCGAUCAUUCCGCCCCAAUCGCAAACUGCUUACAUGCCGCCGUCUUAUGCGCAUGACAUUAAACCUCCCGUCUCGCCCGUCUCGCCUCAGCAUGCUCCGCAAGCGCAACACUUUUCCCCAGUUUCGUCAAUACCACAACCAGAACCUAUUCAUCAGAUACCGCAGGUUGAAACACAGCAGAGCAGGCACGCUCGGCAGAUGAGCAACCUGUCACCCAUCAAUACAAACAUCCGAACGUAUGCCAUGCCGCCCAUCCCUCCUACACCGCCGUCGGGUACACAUCAAACCUCGCCGCUACCGCACAAGACACCAAUGACCCCCAUCUCCGCCAACUCUAUGCACAAAGAACAGCCACGAGACAAUCCAACCUCCCCUACGCUCCGAAACUCGCCGUAUCCGAACGAGCCCUAUUCACCACACGGUUUCUCGAACCAGAAUAGCAACUUCCAUGCCGUAUUCUCUCCAGACGCUGCACACGGCCCCAACGGCCUCGAUUUUGCUGCACACCAACCAGGCCAGAUAUCGCAUCCAAACAUGGAGCUAGAGAAGUCACACGAAUGGUCAAACGGCAUCUGCGCAUGCAGCCCGGACCCUUCAACCUGCCUAACAGGUCUUUUCUGCCCUUGCAUCCUCUACGGCCGCACCUCGUACCGCCUGUCCCAGAAAUCCGCGAAGAAAGAUCCCACGGAUAUGCUCGGCCACAGCUCCACGAAUGGACACUGCAUGGUCAUGGGCCUUUCGUGCGGGCUGUGGUGGCUAUUCCCUAUGCUGCAACGGACACGUAUUCGGCGCGCGUAUAAACUCGAAGGCAGUUUUGGGAGCGAUCUGCUCAAGGGAUGUUGUUGCUGUUGCUGCGUUACUGUGCAAAAUGAGAGAGAGGUUAAGCAUAGAGAGGAGGUUAGUAGACGGUGGGCUGGACCGGCGAGCACAGACGCUUAUACAAGGACGGGAGGUAUGGUGUAUAAGCCGCAGCAGUAGAUUGGGCGUGUAGAGUUCGCAUGUAUAGCUAUUUUCAGUCAAUGAUACCCACAAUCCUUUUUGUCUACACGGGCAUAAUAGAACAACCCAAAGACGGACGAACAUCGUUUGCACAAGCUCUUUCGCCUCAAGCGAGGUGCAAUCUCAACAUGUCCUCUCCAGCGUAUUUCCAUGACGGCUAUGGCCCAACAGUGCAUUGCUCAAUCCUCAGUCAGAUUUAUCCCGUUAGCGACCAGACGCGGUAUCACGUGAAUUAGCGCUUGGCAAACCAUACGGGACACCAUCGCCAGCAUGCCUUCCAAAAUACCACUAAAGUCACUUUCUUAUGCAAGCUUUAGGAAGAUCUUCA